ACGUUUUUGAGCCCCUGCUUUACGAUUCCUCGCUGUUCCGCUCACUUGUUCCGAACAUCGCGACUUCCUCCUCCUCCUGCCUCUGUCGAUGUCUUCGUCGCAUCAUCUACCUUCUACCCUCGCGUAGUGAACUGCAGGUUAGCAACCUUUGCGUUUUGUCUCGCCGUGUCUGGGCACGAAGCGGAGGAUUUUACCGUUAUUGGGACGUAAGAAAAGAAGGGGAGGUAGCUCGGAACGGGGGAGGGGCAAAGAGAGAGAGCGAAACGGAAGGAGAGGUGCAGCAGUGUUGAUGAUUUCUUAGUUCGUUGCGCCUGUCGCAAGUGUCGCAAGUGUGUGGUAGCUCUUUUGAGUAGCGGAGUUUGCAUACUGAUGACAGUUUGCUAAGAGACGAUUGAUUAGCGUGAGUGGGGGGCGUGUGGGUGUGAAAGGUGAAGGAUUAGUUUCUGAAGAGAUUAAUUUAUGGUUGGUUAAGUAAUCUCCUCGAUUACAAACAGAUUUUUCCCUUCAUUAUAUUUAUUAGUUCGUAGCUUCAGGGCAACCAGAAAUCUCUGGUUCGUACAGGGGGAGCUGUUACGGGUGGACAGGAUAGUGAACACCAUUGGGUUGGAACUGGUAUUGAGGAGCAACAAGGAUGCCCGGUGCAGAGAAGGGGUAGUUAAUCUACAUUUGAUUAUGCAUUUUCCAAGAAAGAAAUAGUUGCAAGACAGAGAAGAUGGAGAAGAUUUUUGUGAGCAUCAGAGUGCGUCCACUAAGCAAAGCGGAAGCCGCUAAAGGCAGCCCGUGGAAGCUUGGUCCGAAUUCCAUUGCUCUUUGCAAUAAUUCCGGAGCACCAAUAUCUGGCCAGGCCUACAAAUUUGACAAAGUGUUUGGCUCGGAGACCUCAACUUUGGAAAUCUAUGAAACUCACACUAAAGACAUCAUUGCAUCAGCUGUGAGAGGGUUCAAUGGCACAGUUUUUGCCUAUGGGCAAACCAGUAGUGGGAAGACCUAUACAAUGCGGGGAAACUCUUCUGAGCCUGGCAUUAUACCCCUGGCUGUUCAGGAGAUUUUUAAAAACAUUCAAGAGGCUGAAGAUCGUGAGUUUCUUCUGCGUGUUUCCUACAUGGAAAUUUACAAUGAAGAGAUCAAUGACCUGUUAGCUCCUGAAAAUCGGAAACUACAAGUUCAUGAGAACAUUGAGCGAGGGAUAUUUGUUGCGGGUCUGAGAGAGGAGAUUGUGGUCAGCCCAGAGCAAGUUCUUGAUCUGAUGACAGCUGGAGAGAAUUAUCGACAUGUUGGGGAGACCAACAUGAAUGCCUACAGCAGCAGGUCUCAUUCAAUAUUCCGCAUGGUGAUUGAGAGUAGAGAUAGGAGCCAUGAUGAUCCCGCUGAUCCUGGCACAGUGCAAUCUUGUGAUGCCGUCAGAGUGUCCGUUCUGAAUUUGGUUGACCUUGCUGGGUCUGAGCGUGUUGCCAAGACAGGAGCCGAGGGGGCUCGAUUAAAGGAGGGUACUCACAUCAAUAAAAGUUUGAUGACGCUGGGGACUGUCAUCAACAAACUCAGUGAAGGGGUUGAGAAACAAGGGGGUCACGUGCCAUAUCGAGACAGCAAGCUAACGAGGAUUUUGCAGCCAGCCUUGGGAGGAAAUGCUAAGACUGCUGUAAUUUGUAACAUAACUCCAGCUCAGAUUCAUGUCGACGAGACAAAAGGAACAUUGUUCUUUGCUAGCAGAGCCAAUCGUGUCACUAACUGUGCCCAAGUGAAUGAGAUUAUGACUGAUGCUGCAUUGCUGAAGCGUCAAAAGAAGGAAAUUGAGGAACUUCGCAGCAAGUUACGAGAAAACCAUUCCGAGCAUUGGGAUGCUGAGAUCCUCAACUUACGAAACGCUCUUCUGAAGACGGAGCUAGAUCGAGAGCGCAUGGCGCUAGAGCUGCAAGAAGAGAAGAAGGCACAAAUAGAGCGUGAGCGGCGCUUGAAAGAGCAAGAACAGAAGAUUGAGAGUUUGAGUACUAUGGUGAUCAACUCUGCCGUUGACGAUCGAGAUAUUGACAGACGUAAUAAAAAGAAUAACCGACGUGAAACCUGGUGUCCCCGAAUUCCUUCUAUUGAAACUAGUGGAGAGGUGCAAGAAAUCAAGCGACCUUUUGCGAAAGAGUCUCCAUUCGAGAAAUCAACUCUUUCAACCAGAAGAGACAGACUUCCGCCUAUGCCACCACCAUUUCAGAGCCUUCUGGAAGAUGAAGACAAGGUGUCACCCUUUAUGGAGUUGGAUGAGAAUAUCUUUGUCGACCGAUUUCAAAGCAUCCAAUCAGCUAGCUGUAAUCUAGAGUCUAUCUUCCAGGAGCCCCCUCCUGUUUUUUUUUGCGAAAGGAAAAGACGGUCAUCACAAACGUCGAUGGAGGAUGACCUAAGGCAGCAGCUUGGGGACUUGCAAGCGCAAUAUGAGAACCUCCAACUUGAGCAUGAAAUGAAAAUGCGGGAAAAAGUGUUGGAGAUGGAGGAUCUCAAGAAGGAGAUGGCAUUCAUGCAUUCUGCUGCUAACAAAGCUCGCAAAUUGGAUAACGCGUCUCAUGAAGCAGAGGAUAGGAGAGGAAGAAGCUUGGAUGGUAGUGAUUCUUUUGCUACUGUCAGCCAUCUAAGGGCUCAGAUACAGGUUCUUGAGAUGGAGAAAAUAUACAUGCAAAGAGAACUUGAUAGUGUCAAAGAGCAGUCUAUUGCCCAAGCAGAUUCUUCAUCUUCGACUAUACAUAAGUUGGAGCAAGAGCUAGAGGAAGCAAAAAGCAAUGCAGCCAAUACUACGAAAGAGUUAAAUCUCGCCCUUCACCAAAUUGACCACUUACAGAAUGAUCAACAAACUAACAUUGAACAGCAAGCAGCGUUGGUUGCUUUCUUCAACGAACUGACUGUUGAGGUUGAAACCACAAAGAGCAGUUCUCAAGCUUUGUAUACGGCUGCUGCCGACACUAAAACCGCGUUCAACGCCAUCAUUAAGGAUCUUCAGGAAUCUGUAAUCGACAUGAAGUCUUUAAGAUCUGCUGCCGAAAUCCAACAAUGCGGCAGUGUGCAGAGUAAACUUGAGGUCAUAAUGAAGGAGCACGAGUCCUUAUUCAGCUCCCUUCAAAUCGUCCAGAAGGAGAGAGAUGCUUUUUCUGAGCUUUCUAAGUCAGCCCAGGCUGACUUGAAAUCACUUGAAGCUGAAAUCUCGGGGAAAAGUAAUGCACUGCAGGCAACUGAAUCGAAUCUGCUCGCUGCAAACCAAAAAAUCGUUGAUGCUGGGAAUGAGAUCGCCGAGCUGCAGUCAGUAGUAGUACAACAUGAAAGACAACAGCAAGCUCUUGAACAAAAAAUCAGGGACUUAGAAAGUGAAUCAAUGGGUGCGAUCUCCAAGGAGCAAAAGGAAAAACUUGAAGAACGGAUUGCGGAGCUCGAGCAAGAACUAGCACUCGUCUCUCAAGAGAGGGCCAACCUUAUUUCUAAAGGAGAAGCUAUGCAUGCAACUAUUCAGGUGUUAGAAGGCGAGAGAGAUGCUCUUAUUGAAACAUCCAAACAAGCACAAGCGGACAUGGAUCGUCUGCAUGGCAAAAGGAGGCAAGAACUUAAAGAGGCUCAAAACCAAUUAGAUACUGCAUUAUCUGAGACUCAUCUGGUGAAGGAGCAGUUAAUUUUAUUGCGGUCACUUCUAACUGAGAAGACUGAAGAGCAACAAGCAGUUCAGUUGAAGCUGGAGAAUUUACAAUGCGAAGCUACAUCCACCAGUAAAUCACUUGAGGAGAGUGUUCAAGCUCUUCAUACCCAACUCACUCAAAAGAGAAUAGAGUUUGAGUCAUCUCGACGAGAGUAUGAAGAGCUGGCUGUUAGAUACGAGGCCCUAAACAAAGAGAAGUCCGAAUUAAUAGAAGCCUGCAGUAGGUCUGAAGAAGAAUGCAAUUGUCUGCGCACUGAGUUUGAAAGACAAGGCCUAGCACUUGCUGAGGCAGAGAAGAGACUUGAAUCUGGGCGAGCAUUACACGCUAAGGAUGAAAAGCAAUUGAUUGAAUUACAUCAGGCGCGCUUAAACCAGAACAUUGAAGUUGAAGCUCUUAAUCUCAAAAUUGCAAAUCUUACAGCAGAGAAGUGUGCAAUGGAGACGUGCUUAGCUGGACAAGGCUCUGAAUCUAUCAAUUCUGUUUUGGUGGAGAAAAGUGUACAGCUCUCAGCUGCUGAGUGUGCUCUAAAAACAAACAUGGCUGAACUCGCUGAGGUCAAGCGCGAGCGUGAACUCGUACAGGAGUUUAAGGUCACUCUUGAAACGGAGCUUGCUGAAUCGAGAUCUUACUCAAUGGCACUAGAGGAAACCCUAUCAGAAGCUGUAAAUGCUCUGGAAGUAACUAACCAGGAGAAGUUAAAUUUGAAGGCGGAGCUUGAGAAAGCACUGAAGGAAUCAACUUUGAAAAGCGCUAAAUUGGCUGAUAUUGAAAGCGAAUGCGCAGCAUUGGUUGAAAGUAUGGGAAAUAUAAAAUUGGAAAUGGAGAAUGCAAAAAUCGCGUGGGAACAAGAAGUUCAGAAUCAGAAAGACAGCAUCAAACUGGCUGAUGUUGAGCAAGCUGGACUUGUUGAGGAACGUAAUUCGCUUAGGUCAGCACUUUCAGACUUGGAGGAACAAUAUUUUCAAGCUCAAACUGAACUGAAAAAGGUCGAUAUCGAGGUGCAGAGUCAGCGUCAGGAGAUAGAGGCUGGUGUGAGAGCUCUUGAAGCGGCCGAAAUUGAGAGAGUGAGAGCUGCGGAGAAAGUCGCUGAUCUUCAAGACACAGUUUCUCGAACGAAUGAUGAGAAAAAAAUAUUGCAAACCAAAAUCGAGGAGUUGGUUGUGAAUACUUCUUUUUUGGAAAAUACACUUGAGAAGAAAUUUCGAGAAUUUGAAUUGGCUAAAGAGCUGGAGGGCACGCUGACUUUUUCCUUAAAGGGUGCUCAGCAGCAACUUGCAUGUAUGGAAAUGCUUUUGCAAGAGAAGUCUGAAAAAACACAGGUUCUCAGUAAGGACCUCUUGAACCUUGAAGCAGAAUAUUCCAGCUUAAGAGAAGAUCUAAACAGCAAGGUAGUUGACCUCCACAGGGUCGAGGGGGAACGUGAUGGAUUACUGAGGGUGAUCCAAGAGCUUAAUGAAGAGAGCAAGCAACUCAAGCAUCUGCGUAGUGAUGAAGAAUCCCAAUUGGAAGAAGCCAAAUUGAAGAUUAGCGCAGCCAACAGCUCUAUUCUUGGGCUUCAAGAUUUAUUAGUGAAGAAGACUGCAGAACUAGAGCAAGUGCAGCAAGAGAAAGAUGAUUUAGUUCACCAAAUGACUAAAGAACAGACCCGAACUGAAGAGCUUGAAGCUCUACUGUCGCAGAAGUCGUCAGCUCUAGAGCUGGCGGAGCAAGAGAAAAAUGAGCUGAUUGAAAGAAUGAUCGUCGCUCAACAUUCACAUAGAGAUGAACUUGAAAGGAAAAUUCAAGAUCUUCAAGCAGUUGUAUCGAACCUUGAAGCAGUGAAUUUGAAGCUUGAGGAGAAUCUGAAGCAAGUUGGAUGCCACUUGAACGAAUGCGUCGAGGAUAAGGAGCGGUUGGGAAAGGAAAAAGAGGCUCUAUUAAGUUCCACUAUCCAGUUACAAGACAUGAUAUCGUGUCUUAAGCAAGAAGGUGAGCUGCAUCAGGUUGAGUUAAAGCAGAUGGAGGAUAGAUUAGCAGCUGCGAACUCUGAGCUUGAUGGUGCGGGUCAGCAAUUGAAUGAAGUACAUACUUUAUUGGCGGAGAAUCAGAAGGAACGUCUUUUAUUGCAGCAAAGUCUUGAGGAGCUGGAGAAUUUCAAGGCUGGCUUGCAGAAAAGCCUGAGUGCCAAAGAUACUGAGUUGGCGUCAAAAGCCGAAGCUUUAUCAGAGAUCAAAACGAAGUUUGAGGUAUUGCAGCAGCUCCACAAUACAGAAUCAUGUCAGUUGAAAUCAGAUAUUUUGGGACUGCGCAAGGAGCUGAAGGCUGCCAAGUCUGCCCCCGCUUCUCUGGAGAAGGAGCGAGAUGGUUUGCGAAAGGACUUGGAGAAGGUUAAGACCAAGUUAGGAGAUAUUGAGGCAAAGCUCAAAACAACCUUGAUUGAGAAAAGCAAAGUUGAGACUGAAAAACUGAAUGUCGAAAGGGAGGUGAAGCAGCUCCGGCAGAGUACUGCGUUGCUCAAUAAGCGUGAAUCGAUAGUGGAUAAGCGUCGAGAGUCUGUUGCUUGUGGACUUAACAAGACGAAGCUUCAGCUAUCGUCUACUGAGCAUGCACUGCAAAUGAAAACAAAUGAGCUCGAGAAGACGGCUUUCGACCUUCAGCUUCUCCAGGAUAACUACUCCAAACUUGAGGCUGACAUGGCUGAAAUUGAGAGUUCUUCUAUUAAAUUGAAGGAAAAGCUUGUUGAGGCUGAAAAUGUUAUCUCUGUAUUGAGAGAUGGAAAAGAAACGGCUACUGCCACUAUUACAAAGAUGGCCCAAGAUCUAAGUGAUGAAUUAGAGGCAAAAAGGGCUGCAGUUGCUCAGCACGACGCUCUUCAAAAUGAGCACACCAUUCUGAUCCAGAAGGUCAAAACGCUACAAGUCGCAUGUGAGGAGACUGAAGCAAAAUUGAAUUCCAUCUCCUUAGAAAGAGAUGACUUGGCUCGACAACUCACUGAUGCACACUUCGAAUUUGAAGAAGAGAAGGCAGCGUGGUCUUCAAAAGCGGAUGCUAAUAAUACGAAAGUCCAAGAUCUUCAACAGGACAUUCUAAAUCUGACAGAGCAGCUUCAAGAGGUUCAAAAAGCACAAGAAGAGCUCGUCAUCGCAAGGAACAGUCUUCAAAAACAGCUCGAUGAAGUGGAACAAACAGCAAGCGCUACACAUGCUGCUCUUCAGGAUCAAGUCUACAACCUGAAGCACUGUCUUGAAUCUAGCGAGCAUGAAAGCCAACAACUAAGGCAGCAGGUAGAGCUCCUUAACUCUACCGUUGAAGAGCAAGUGGAACUAAAAGGAAAGCUGGAGAAAGAGCAGGAAGAAGUGAAAGAGGAACUGCAGAAGCUUGAAGUGCUUUUAGCUGCAGCUGAAUCCACUAUUGAGAAAGAAAGGCAAUCUAUAGUGGAACUUGUAGAGAAAACAGAAAAUUUGAACAGGAUGGUGCAAGAAGCAGAACAAAAUUGUGCAAGCCUUAACGAAAGAAACUCCGAACUCGAGGCAGCAUACAUGAAGGAGUCUGAUGAAAGGGUUCAAGUGAUGGAGGAGAGGCGUUCUCUGUUAGAGACUGUCCAAUCUCAAGCAGAGAGAUGCAUAGCUCUUGAAGGACAGAUUUCUCGACUUGAAUCCAGUCUCGUAGUAGGAAGAGAGGAUAAUUCUAGGCUUCUCCAGGAGAUUGAAGAUUUAAAACAGGAGCUUCGUAACAACAUGGAAGUAGCUGCUCAGGAUUGUGAAUCUAAACAUCAUGCUCUUGAUCUAGAAGCAUCCUGGAACAAUGAUCGAGAAGUAGCCAAAAAACAGGUGGAGAAACUUCAGACUCAGUUGAAUUUGUCACACGCCGAAAUUGAAUCCCUGCAGACUGAAGUCGAUGAUUUAAGUAUGAAAGUUAAGAGCUUAUACUUGGAGGUGGAUGACAUGCAAUCAGCCUUAGACCAAUCCAGAACUGAGAAGUCUACGUUAAAGCAACAGCUUGCAGACUUAACUACCAGACUCGGCAGCCUUGAGGACAAAAAUGAGCAACUGCAGAAAAAUGAGCUCCAUCUACUACAAUUGAAUAAAGCAUAUUUAACGUCGAAAACGAAGCUUCAAUUUGCGUUGGACGCUACGAUCAGUCGAUGUGAGCACUUCCAAUCACUUUGUGAAAAAAUGGAAGAAGCAAUUACGGAAUUGGACGAGCAUAAAACUGCAACAAGAAGAGAAAAUGAUGGACUCCAAGCGAAGAUUCAGAGCCUCAGAUCGCGUUGUCAGAGAUAUGAGGAAGAGCUCAGAGUUGCUAAGAGUAAGAGAUCUUCUCCCGAGGAAGAGCAGGAGAGAGCUAACCAGCUUGCUGAGAUCAUGCAACAGAAUAGUGAACUGCAGCUACGAUUGCACAACGUAGAAGGAAGUGCUAAGGCACGACGAAAGGAGAUAACACAAUUGAAUGAAAUCGUUAAAAAGAAAGAACAAUCAUCGAUAAAACUAGAGGCUGCACUUGAAAAGGCACAAGGUCAGGUGUUAAAGCUGGAGAGAGAUUUGUACCUAAAGCUAGAACCUCAAACUGCAAGGAAGGUUGAAGAAACCACGAUAUCAACUGGUGAGUUUACCACUCCAGUGGCUUCUAGACAGGGCGAAGAUGAUGGGAAUCACACGGACGAUACUACCACUCUUUACAGCAAUACCCUGGCCUCCAGAAGCAAGGUGGAGCAGUUGAAGUUACAGAGCCAAAGCUUGCUGCGGAUGUAUAAGCAACCGUGGCGCAUACAAGGUCCUCCAGGUGGCAGUAUGGAUGAGACGAACGAUCAUCCUCCGCCUUCAACAACUCUUCAAUCACACCACGAAAACUUGACAGCUCCGAUUCCAACGUGGAAGAGAGUUAAGACUGGUGCUGCUUCGUCGGCUACUGAUUUCUCUCAACCUUCAAACAGUGUUUUUAAUGAGGAGAAGGGCAAAGUAUCAUCAUUCACCACUAGAAGUGUCCCUCGCGCGGCACUUGUGCCUGUGACCCAAAACAAGUUACAAGCACUUCAGCUUAAGAGAAGGCUACAAGAAUCAGGGUCACAAGAUAAGCCACUAGUAUUGGGUAUCGAAGAUGCUGAAACCAAGCCCUCUCUAUCAAACUUACACAAGUCUCGUAACUUUAGGCUCAAUCAGAGGUUUGAGAAAGAGAAUUUGUAGAUCCAUGUUCACAUAAACUGUAAAUUACUUCAUUCUUACUUUCAUGGGUAUACGUUGUACAGUUGUAGUCACCAUCAAAUCGAUUAGCAUUCCUUCGUUUUGUUACGGCCUUCUUAUCAGUCUCCUAGGGCCUGCUGUAAACCCUAUUAUUACAUAACUGUUACUUGUGAUCUUUUGAAUUAGUCCGUUAUCUCAUUUAGAGAAUCGUAAUUAAAGUCUGUUUUAAGCCUGGGUA